CACUGCUAUUACCUGACCCAGACCACGUGAGAAGACCCGGACAUGGGCGGACUUAUCUUUAUGACGCAGCAAAAGAACGACCAAACAGAGAGGAGGCGUCGACGACAGAGUAUCUUUUUGUAAUUUUACAACAUUUUUGAUAUAAAACCAGCGUUACAGAAUUGUUAACUGUGUUAUAUAGUUUUUUAUUUUAUUUUCCACAAUUUAAAAAAAGUAAUCACAACAAAGUUCACAAGAUAUAGGUCUGUUACAAAUGUAAAAACGUCAUUUGAACUCAAACAAUGACUUUAUUGUGUUUCUAUGACCGAUAAAAUACUCAAAGCUCGUCUUAAAGUUCACUUCUAAGCAAAAGUAGGCUACUCGUCAACAUUGAAGAGGUUAUGUAAAAUAAAAACCAGAAGAUAAUGAAGUUGUUCACUUUUAAAACUUACUGAAGUUAUCAAAGCCUGAAUGUCACCAGGACAAAACACAAGUUCUCAACAUCUGCUUCAAGACAGAAACAGGCCUCUACACAAAGUGAGCUCGGACUUAACUUCAGCCUACAAGCAAAAAAUGUUGGUGUUUCAUUUGAUUCAGAUUUUUAUUUUAAAUCUUAAUGUAUGAAAACAGCAUUUUAUCAUCUAAAGAAGAGAUCUGAAGUGAGGCAGUUACUCUCUGAGCAACACAGCGACACUAAUGCACACUUUUAUUGUUAGCAGGCUGGGCAUAUUCUGUAACGUUCUCCUCUCUGGUUUACAUAAAAACGACAUAAAUCAACUUAGAUUUGAUUAAAAAAAAAAAAAAAAAAAAAACAUUUUCACCAAAUAAAUUUAUGAUUCUUCUUUCGUCCUUACUCCAAGACUCUGAAACAGGCAGCUGGAGGAUCUGAGCAGGGCUGCAAAUAUUAAAAAAAAAGUUAAAACUGAUAGCCAAUCUGUUUAAUCUAGAUUUUACAUUAGAAUUUUUUUGUUUCAAUUAUUUGAUAAAGUCGGUUUUAAGGUGGUUUUGUUGGGUUUCUUCAACUCUUGUCAUUUUCAUCAUCUAACUUCUCAUCUUCCCAGCUAUCCUGGUACUUUUCUUUAUAUAUUAUGUUCUUAGCUUUUGUGUGCUUAUGAUCUUUUGUUUUAUGCUUUAACUUAUUUUUAUUUCAUUUCCCGUUUACUGUCUUAAUAACUUAAAAUUCAAAGCUGUUGGUUUGCAUAAGCCUCUGCAAACUUCAGUUUCUUAAUGCAUAGAUGUUCCAAUUUCUGUUUUGUUUUAUUUUGUUAUCAGUCUCAGUAGAAAAAAUCUGAUUGCGUUAUAAAGUGCUGUAUAAUUGAUUGGUUGGCUUAAUGCAAGAAGCACCUAAUGUCAAAUUAACUUAUCCUGGAAGGAACCCAAAGUGUAUUGCAUCAAAUCAUACUAUGAUAGUUUUUGUCAAACUGCAUCUUAUUGUUUUGUCUUGUUGUAGUGAAUUACAUUGUAUGGAAUUAUAUUAUAUGAUGAUGAACCAAAUCACAUUAUAUCUGAUUACAUUGCCUUGUAUUAUAUCAGGUCACAUUUCAUCCUAUUCUGUCCUAUCCAAAACAUAUCUACUGUUGGGUGACAUACCAAAUGUAUUGUAUUCUAUCGUAUGGAAUCCUAUCUUAGUGCAAUGUAUUGUUGUGUAUCAAAUUGUGGUCGUCUUGUACCGUAUUAAAAUAUUUAUCUGAUAAGAUCCAAACUUACUAGAACUUACAGCUGAAAGUCAAAAGAAGAGUUUACGUUAUCAGCUUUUCUAUUGAUAUACUAUCCUUGCUUAUCUUUAGCUGUAGUCCCUGAACAGGUUAAUGACAAAGAAAGAAAUAUGUGAAAUUUAUAAAAACAUUAUAAACAAAGCUUUUGAUGAAGCAGAGCACACUGUUUCAUCACACAUGGUGUUGUAUAAGGAUAAGGAUGCAGUUUACUCCAGGUCACAGAUGAACAUUUUUUCACCAGGAUAACAGAGGUCACUGUCUAAUGGUUUAAGGUUAACUUGUGUUUUAUCACCACAGAACAAAAGGACAGUUUUUCAAGUGCAUGAGAUAACCUAUCAGGAAUAAAUAAAAUACAUUUGUUUCUCUGAGGUCUGAAGGAAAUAUAAAGUAGGCUAAGAGUCUGUUUCAUCUGAUCGGACAAAGAGAAUCGACAAGUCCACGAUGUUCUCUGAUAAAGAGGCCUGAAAGACAUGAAGCAUGUUUGCUUUUUACACCAAAUAGAAGAUCAGUUAAAAGUAUACGGUGCUCUUAUGAAUGCCAUGAUUACAGGAUUAUGACUUUGUUUUUCUAUAGCCUAUCAUAAAUUGAAUGCACAAUUUUAAUUCAUAGAUAUUUCGGAAGAAGCAGAAAGUAAGUGGCCAAUUGUUCUGUAUUUGGUUAAAAACAAAAAUCUUCAUGUGUAUUUUUUAAACUAUUAAAACAGAAGAAUAGCCCUCACGAGUAGCUUAAAUACCAUUGAAACCCUCUGUAGUUUCUCUUAAUUCAACCAUUUUAUAAUCAUUAAAGCCCUGCCUCUAAAAUGAAUCUGCCUUUGAAGGCAGUCCCCUAAAAAAUUGAUGAUAAUGAAUAAGAAUAAAAUAUUUUUACAUAGCCUAGGCACCUUUUGAGACCCUGAAGGUCACCUUGAAAGGCAGGGUUGCAAUGUGAAUAAACAGCAGGCUGUGUAUAUAUAAGGUUGAUAUCAAAAGAAUACAUGUUAUGAGAUUGAAUACGUCAAUCACUAUUUUAAAGUUUUUCAUUUCAUUUGCAUUGUAAAUGCUUAAUAUAACUAAAUAAAUGCUCUAUGCUCAAUGCACGUGUUCUAAAUAUAGACUGUAUAUACUAGAUACAGUCUAAGGUUCUAAACCUUUGCUAUAUCCGCAAUGAAUAUGAGGCUCAGUUUGACAUUUUCUGUAUCAUCUAUUUUAUUUUACUUUUGUACUUUUUUUAAUCUCAUUAAUUGUGUUCAUUGUUUGAUCAAACUCUUUCAACACGUAGCCUAAAUAAUGUAAAGCAUUUUUUUCUUAUUCGUUACCAUAGACUAUCGGGUUGUCAUAGUAACUGGUCACGUGUAGAGAGAAACACAGUUUCCCAGGUGUCAUUGCGGGCAGAUAAACAAAGAUGGCGGAUGGACUCUGUGUUUUAGGACGUGAUGUGAAUCGUGAGCCGAACAGCCGAUGAUCUGAAAGACGAGCUGCCGCACAGCACUGCAGAGGAUUCACCCCGCGGUGCAUCCAGAUCACACCCACCUUCACCCCCUCAGACCCGGACUACCACCUCCCUCCCUCCCCCGCUCUAACCUCCGGACAUCAUGCCGUCCCCCAAAGCGAAGAACCCGGGCCGCGGCGGAGGCAGCCCGGUGCUCGGAGGCUCGAACGGCCGCUACGAGUUCAUGUCACUGACCAAGCCGCUGAGCCGAUCCUCUCCCCCGCCUCUCCUCCUGCAGCGACAGGGCUCCGACCCCACCACCGCCCGCCUACGGGCCUCAGAGAGCCCUACCCGGCGCCGGGGAUCCAGCUCUUCAACGGGCUCCGGACAGGGGUUGUCGGAGGAGGACGGGAUCCGGCUGAACCCGUCCUUCCUGCGGGUCGCGCUCAGCUCGCUGCUCGCCAUCGACCUGUGGAUGUCCAAGCGGCUGGGGGUGUGCGCGUGCGAGGACUCUUCGUGGGGGAGCGUGCGGCCCCUCAUGAAGCUGAUCGAGAUUUCGGGACACGGUAUCCCCUGGCUGGCCGGGACCGGGUACUGUCUGUACAAGAGCGACAGCGCCGCGGGACAGGAGGUCAUGCUCAACCUGCUCAUGGGUAAGAACACCUGCUGCACGUGCGACUCUCUCUCUCUCUCUCUCUCUCUCUCUCUCCCUCUCUCUCUCUCUCUCUCUCUCUCUGUGUGUGUGUGUGUGUGUGUGUGUGUGUGUGUGUGUGUGUGUGUGUGUGUGUGUAGUGGUGGUGGUGGGGGGUCGUCUUGUUCGCCUGGGCCCCACAGAAUUGCAUCCCUGUUCUCGUUUUUCAUCCGCAGACCUCACAGCAGGUAGGCUACCCAAACUCUUCACCUGCCCUGUACCUGUAGAUCUCCUCUGCUCUUUACUUUCAUCUCCAUCCUACUUGCAGGUACCUCCCCUCAUUUCUCACCUGUGUGCCCUCUCCUAUAACCCACCUUUCUUUUUUCCUGAUCUCUUUUCUGUUCUCUUGCUGAGCUUACUAACUCUUUUAAUUUGAAUCUAAAGGUUUUCUGAUAUUAAUUCCUCUUUCUUCAUGUCCCUGUCAGUUUGGUGUGUUGUACCGGGUUAAUUUGGGAUGGUAGUUUACUUUAAGAAACAGAUUUCUAACAGUGCUGCCAAAAUAUAAUUGCCAAACUGAGGAACAACAUUCAACAUCAAACCUGAUCCUGGUUCACAGAAAAAGUCAAAUUCUUUCAAAUCAAUCAUGUUAAAAACAUCCUCCUCUGAUGUACAGUCCACAUCAAUAGUCUGCAGUAGUUGUCGACCAAGUACAAUUGCAGCCAUCCACGGCCAAUGCCAAAACCAAUAAUGAGAGAGCAGGUCAGCUCAUUGGCGAUAUCCAAUGACUGCAUCACUUUCUCCCUUUUUGCUUUUAACAAAAUACAACGAUUUAAAAUUACUCGCAAAUGAGGAACAAGAUUUCUGAAUUUGGGUGAUUAUUUUGUGAGAUGAAUGUAGACAGAAAAUACUUUGGCUCAGUACAGUACUGCAAAAAAGGCCUUGGUGUAAAUGAACUUUGAAUGAUCAGUUAAUACAUUAUUGAUCCACGGAGGGGAAAUUCAGUCACUGCAGCAAACUGAAUGUGCUGCAGGCAAGACGAGUACGUCAGUAAAACGAUAAAUAUAGUAAGAGUAUAAGCAUUUGUUUUUUGUGGGGGGAAAUGGCCGAAGCUUUAAAAAUUAUAAUCAAAAUUUUUGAAAAAAUGUUCUUUUUGAUCAACCAAAUGAUUAAGGCUUGUAGCUCUGAUUUACAGGAUAAUUAUAAGCAGAAACACUGAACAGUGUCUGGUUUGAGGACACUGUUUCUCUGCUUUAUGAAGUGAGGCAUCAAAAACCUUUAUGUCAGUUUGAGCAAUAAUUUUAUUAAAAUAACAUCUCUGUCUACUGUGCUGAACUUUUUUUUCCCUCUCUUACCAAUAUGUUCUGCAGAGACCAGAAACUACAAAAAAUGUGGAUUUAAGAGCUGAAAAACACACAGCUAGAACUCUCAGCUUCCUCUUUAUGAUGCUGAUUAGAUGGACCCAGCUGAAGUUUUCCUGCAGUGGAGAGGGUUUCUUCAGGCCUGCACUGAGAGUAAAAAAGUGCUCCUGAUUUUUACUCCAAACAUCUGUCAGUGAGCAUUAAUAUUAAACAUUAAAGCUCCCUGAGGGUGCACAGUACUGCACGGUGUUAUCCACUGCAGAAAAAUCUGCAUCAGAACUGGUUUAACUGGCUGAAUAAGCUGGUUGUAACGCUCACUGAUGACUGUUCGGGUAAACUGGUUUGAAGAGGAGUCCUGCCUCGCCAUCAUAACAUGAAAAAAACAAGCCUCCUUUUGUGAUUCUGGUUACAUAAAUCCCUCAAAUCAAAAUAACAGCAAGGAGAAAGGAAAAUUCAAUGCCGCCCCCACAGCUGGGGCCAGCAGGUGGAUGCAGAUAUGCAGAUGUAAAUGCAGGCAUGGAUGCUGUGUCUGAACGAAUGAGUAAAGAGCUGCUGCGGAGUUGGGCAGGAGUGACUUUAACAAAGCAGGGAGGAAGAUGGGAAAUUUGACAGCUUAACUAAUGCUUCAGAUUUGGAGGGUGUGUUUGUGAGGUGAGAGUCGAGGACAAAACAUGUCAUGUGUAUGUAGCUCUGACUGUAUUACCUGAAGCUGUAUAUCAGAGUGCUGCUUCACCCCCUUUUGUGAUUACAGCCUAACACAAAAAAACAGUUUUGGUGUCUGUCGCUUGUUUCUCUGUUCAUAACAACAAUAUGAGCUGAAUUUAAGGAGAACUCAUCAUUUAUAUUAGAUUUAGGGUACAGGUGUUGUAAAAUUGAGGGUGUGGCCUAUUUGAGUGAUUGUUAUGUCUCUGUCAGGUGUCACCUCAGUGAAUUCAACACCCUGUACUGAUCCUUGAACUGAUCAAAUCUCCAUUUCUAUCCUGUUAUUUUUAACACUGUAAAACAACAAAUAACAUGUCUUUAUUGUUGGGAUGUUGACAUUUUCAUGAGUAAGCCAUCAGCUGUGACAAAGAUUUGACUUUUCCCCUCAUUUUUAAAUGAUAAACAUGACUCUUUCAUAAAAGGAUUGAACAAUAAGGAAAACACCAACCACAGGGUUGUCUGGCGAUAAGUGAGGAGAGUUUAGAUGUGCAUUGGUGUAUUUUCUUUUCUUCGCUGAAAACUGCCGUGUUUGACAUCUGCCCCCUCACCAUGUGUACAGGCGAACAGAGAAACUGUCUGUUUUUGUUUCUGUAGGGCUGGGCGAUAUUGGAAUAAGUUUAUCACAAUAUUUUUUUUUCUCAUCAGUCUAUCGUUAUACAUCAUGAGAUAAAAAAUGAAAUUGAACAGUGCUUAUUGUUAGCAUGUCUUUCGCAAUAAAAUAAGCUUCUGCAUCUGUGAGGUCUUUGUGUCUUUCUAACGUUUUGUCGUAAGGCGUUGCGCUAGAGAAAGCUGAAGAGUCAGCUGUUUCAGCUGCACAGGCGCCAUGGGCUCUUUGCUCCACUCUGGGUUGGUAACCUUUUGCAUCGUGUGUGCUUGGUUCAGCACGAAGCAGACCUGGAGCAACUUCCCUUUUCAUUGGCUAUUCGUAUAGUCUACCAAAACCUGGCAGAAUGCAGACUAUCAAAAAGGAUAUUGACCAUGUUUUAUAUUGAUAUUGAGGGAAAUUAAUUUUCUACAUAUAUUGUUAUCGUUUUAUCGCCAAGCCCUAUGUUCCUGUAUUGGGGGUUAUCAAGAGGCCUCACUGUUUAGUUUCAGAACCAGUCACAAAACUCCUCACAGGAGCUUUAAUAUCAACCCCCCAGUCAAACAGGAUCUCUGACUGGAAAAGUAAAGAAAAACAGAAACUGAGGGUCAAACCACUUACCGAUUUUAAGUUAGCACAGCCCCUUUCAGCUCAGUCUAUGGUGCACACAUCUGUGUGUCACUGUGUAGGUGUCAAGUCAACCAUCAGAGGACGCCAAAGCACGUGAUGAUUCAGUCAGGUAACUGCAAGUGAGCUGCUGUUUGUCCCUGUGUUGUACUGUCGAGUGGACGUUUAAGUUUUUGUAGAUCUGCAGAUCUACAAAGCAGCAGGAGGUGUAAAUGUUCUCAAAUAAAACAGGCCCACCCGGAGUCUGGAUCCUAGUCUAAGUCCAGAUCUCAGUCUGAGUAUCUGCUGGUUCUGAUGGAUGUUAAAGUAUCCUGCAGCAGAUGAUACCAUGUCUGUCUCACCUCUGUGUCUUAACAUCUUCCCUACUCUUCUUCCUCAGGUCUCAUCCUGGAUCUGGUCUUGGUGGGCGUGGUUAAAGCCGUGGUGCGUCGCCGCCGUCCCUCUCAUAACCGUAUGGACAUGUUCGCCACCUUCUCUGUGGACCGGUACUCCUUCCCAUCCGGCCACGCCACGCGCGCCGCAAUGUGCGGUCGCUUCUUGCUGGCUCACCUAGUGCUAGCUGCCCCACUCAGGGUUCUGGUUCUACUGUGGGCCAGCCUGGUGGGUCUAAGCCGGGUGCUGCUGGGGAGGCACAAUGUGACGGAUGUGAUGUUCGGCUUCUGGAUGGGAUACUGUCAAUACAACCUGGUGGAGAUGAUGUGGCUGUCCCCUCAGACACUGCAAAGCAUGCUGGGACUGGAGGUCUGAGGUUAGGGACUGAGGGAGAUAAAAGGCCGACAUGCCAUCUGUCUUUAGACUGAUACAGAGAUUAUAUAUAUGGUAUGUGUUUAGUAUUUGAGAAGAAAACUUGACUAAAAAGGAGCUUUUCCAUCACACUUCAGUUUUGCUGUUUUAUGACACUUAUUUUUAUUUUUUUGUGCUUCAAAGAUUUUAAACCAGAUUUUAAAUUACCAUAUAUACCCGAAUAUGAGACACGGUUUUUGCUUCUGAAAAACUAGGGAUCGUCUUACAUUUGGGGUGUAGUUAUGACCAGUGCUGGAGCUGUUGUAUACAACACAAUCUUGUUGUGUUUACCAUAUUAGCUCUUCAAAUAAGAACAGUCUGACUUCCUAUUCAUGUUGUAAAAUCCACUCUGGUUGUGAGAUUCCUAGCCUUUCGGUGUUAAACUUGGUGUGUUUCUUCGACUUUCAGGGGCGUUUCUAUCCCUUAUAUCUGAAAGAAGUGUGAUCGUCUUGCUUAUACAGUGUAAUAAUUACUUUUUCUGGGGGUGUUUAAAACGAUGAUUAUUAUUGUUGUUUUUUUUUUUUGAGACAGACAUGGGGUUUGUCAGUCGGUCUGGACAGACCCAAACUCUCUUUGCUGCAGGAGUCUGAAUUUAAAGACUCCAAGAUUUGCCAUCACAGUUCCCUUACAGAGAGGAAAACAUAGAGCUUCAACAGUCACCUGAAUGGGCUACAUUUGUUCAUAGAGUAUAUGAGUGUUAAUAGAUGUCCAAUAUUUAUGGUGUACACCUUUGACUCUGUUGAUUUACACAUCUGUCAGUAUAAACACACAAAAAGGAGCUAAUUAUAGACUAAAAAGCAAGGACAACAGCGAGAAAGCAAACAUUUAAAUAAUGCAGGUGUGUACAGGUGUACAGGAUGGUUUGCAGUAAGAAAAUGAGAUUAUAAUGCAACAAUAACGGGUGCAAACAGUGCUAAGUUAAUAAAGAUAAGGUAGGUUAUAUAAAUGGGGCAAGAUAUGAUUAUAAAAAAAUUCAAUAUUUACACAAUGGGAUCAGGUGUGAUAUACAGGUAGACUGGAUUUAUGAGUUACGGCACAAACAAAAACAAGAUGUAAACAGUUAAUUAAUCCUCCAAACUAAUUGAGGUCACUGAGGCAGACUCCUUUUUGGUGUCAGUAAAUGUGAAAUUAGCUCGAACACUCACUUGAAAUCAGACUGUGCUCUGUUUCUCCUGCAGCCUGCUCUGACUGACACUCCAGUUUAAUCAUUAGAAACAUUCUUAAACAUUGAUCCUGAAUAUGUAACUGCUCACGUCAUCUGAAGCCGUUUUAUAAUUGUUUAUUUAUAAUUGGUUUGGGUGAGCAAGGUAGGGGUUGCAUUGGUUGUGUAAUCCUCAGGUUUUCCAGUCAAAGAUUAUUGAUCAGUGUGCACAAAGUAAAGUUUAAACCAAGUAUGCAUGACAUGAAUACAUCAAGAUACUCUCAGAGUGUUUCCAUGGACCUGAAGGUCUUGGUCAGAGAUUUUUAUGAACUUUAUGACUCUGAAGACUGAAGAUAUGGGGUUUGCUUGCACACAGAGAAACCAAGUUAUUGAUCACCCUGGAUACAUGAUAAAUGGUAGGGGUGUCCCAAUACAACUUUUUUACUUCUGAUACAGUACCGAUAUUGUAGCCUUCAGUAUUGGCUGAUAACAACAUUUAUCUGAUAUUGGCACAAAAUUGUGCACGACAAGUUUUGCACUGAGCUGCAACAUUUUUUUUCGGACUUACACAAAAAAAAUACUGCCACACGGCUGACAUCACUCUUACUCCUUGCUAUUUUGUUAGUACCUUAGGACACACUGUUGUUAUGAUUUUGUGGGCUCUGCAUGUUAGAUCCGGGUGCUGCUAGAUAGAGGUGCCGGAGCAGAGUCUGGAAUGGACUGGUUGAAUUGGAGCGCUGAUAUCGGAGAUUUAAGAAGCAGGCCAAUAUAAUCCGAUAUUCGUUUUUUGCUGAUAUCCAUAUCCGAUAUCAGUAUCAUAGGACAUAUUAGGACAUCCCUAAUAAAUACUAGUAUUCUUGAUUCUUAUUACUGUGUCUUAUUGUACAGAGUUGAACAGGUCAGUGUGUACAUGCUUUUUCCUUGGGAAGUGAUGUUCUAGAUUUAUCCAGAAUAGCAGAAUGUCCAACCCAAAGAGGUGACCCUUGAAUCAGACUAAAUGAUGUAUUUUGAAUGAAGUUGGUGGUAAACUGCACAGAGUCAUACAGAGAAUUUCAGGACAGCUACAGGCUAAAAUGUUAUGAUAUUUUUCAUUUUUAAGGAUUUAUGUGUUCAUGCAAGUUUAUUUAUUCAGCGGGAAACAAUCAAAGAGCUUAACAAAAAAACAUGAAAAAAAUGUAAUACAGAGGUUAAAAAUAAAAUGAAAGAAAUUUUUAAAAUAUAACAAAAGAUGGUAUCUUAAACUAUUAAAAUGAGCCUCUGAAAAUCAAGACAAGAAGAGUAAAACUACAACAUCAAAACCAGAAGGUUCAAAUAUGAUUAAUUGAAGAUAGGAUAGAAAAAAUGCAAAUCUGUAUAUAUAAAGUAAAAAUGGACAUUAAAUUUAAUGGGACUUGUGUAUGGAUGUAUUGUCAGCUAUGCUCCUUUUUUCCAGAAAAUUGUUAAGUAUACUAAAUGAGCAAGAUUUAAGCAUGUCAGGCUGAGGCCUUUAGUUUAGCUAAAGUUCAAAUCUCCAGAAAUUCAUUUUGGAUUCUGAAGGAGUUCAUCUGUGUUAGUGUGUGCUUGUUUGUGUUUGUGUGCUGGUUAUCCUUCACCGCUCAGACAGCCUGUUAGUUAUGGCGUGUUUGGAUUCAAGUUUUCAGAUCCUCACUCGCUAACAUUAAUAUGAAACUCUGAUGACGGCAGCAGUCAGGAUCAUUGUUUUUGUGCCUAUGAGUUUGACCUGUCUAUAGGAGCUCGUCAGGGACACAAAACCUGAAAUGUGUACAUAUUUGAAUCCUUACAAGAGCUGCAAAUGUUAACAAAGAAGUUUCAAAUAUUGUUUCAAAUGCCAACCAUUAGACCAGUCAUUUUUUUAAAGAGACAAAAUGUUUUUUGUUUUUUUUUUGUCUUCCAGCGUCUUAAAUGUGAUUAUUUUCCAAAUUCUUUUUUUUCUUUUAUGAUAGCAAAGUUCAUAUUUCUAGACUAUGGACCAAAACAAGUCAGCGUUUAAACAUAUUAUCCUCUAUUUAUAAUAUUUCAAAGACCAAACAACAAAGUAACAGCAGAGAAAAUAUUUGUCAGAUUAACCAUUAGUGGAAUUAUAAGUAAACGCUGCAGAGCUCUCACUCAUCUGCAAAUCUAUAGGAAUAAAAAGUCUUCAGAAGAGUGAUCAAGUUUCAUCAGAACAAUAAUUCCUCUGAAUUCCAGCUCAGCAUGAAUCAGAAGAUGACAAACACGUCUUCAGCUUUGAUAAGCAGUGAAAUGAAGCAGCUUUUAGAGGCUGUUUCCCCAGUUUAAGUCCUGUUUUUGUUUUUUUGUUUUUAUCAGAAUAGGAUGAAAUUGUUGUUGAUUGUGCAGCAAGCAUGCACCUGUGUUAGCAGAGAACGGCAUUUUAUUUGAAAAAAAAAAAAAAAAAAAAAAAACAUACACACAGAGGUCGUAAUGAAGUGAAGUGUGAGUGUGGAUGCACCUGGUCCUGCUCACAGGUGUCCUCCUGCAGGAUAAAAACUAUUUCAAAUGUUUUGUAAGAGUUGGCUCAUGCUGUACCUUGACACUCACGCUGUAAGUUUGCACUGCCAGAAACACAAACCUGCUCGUCUGUUUUAUUGUUUCUAUUGAUUAGAAAUAUUAUAUGAUGUAUAAUAAUGAUUCUUGUGUAAAUGUGAGUGUGAACGUUUUUUUCAGAGACAGGACGUUUUAGCUUUUGCACUUUUAGUUUUAACAAAUUUCCAAGACUGUGAAUCACUGAGUAGAUCAGAUUUGUGAACUCUCGUGGUUUCACAGACUGACGUCUAUCUCGACUGUUUGAUGGACCUUAAAGCUGCUGCGUCAUCUCUCAGCAAUAAUUUCCCAUUGUAGCUUGCAGAUUUUUUUAUUCUUACUUAAUAAUCUGAACAUGCUGGAUGAGGAACUUUGUGACCAAAUGAUUUUAAUGAUUGAUUUUAGUGCUGUUGUACAUGCUGAGGAGAGAGAACAUGAAUAUCAUUGAUUGCAGGAUGGGUUUUGCACAUUCCAAAUAACACAAUGAUGCUCUUGAUCAGUUUCUGUCUCGUCCAUCUUUUCACAUGAUGCUGAAAUAUUCCUCUGCCCUCAGCUCUGCCUGCUUAAUACUCUAAAUAAUAGGGUGUGUUACUCAUCCUGUAUUCUUAACUCUGCCUGCAUGGUCAUGUGAAUACACUGUGUUUAUGCUGAAUGUGUUGAUCAAUAUUACCUAAUGAUAAGACUGUGGAGGUUUUUAAAUAAACAGGGAACAAUGUGCAA